UUUUAUCAAACAAACAAAGCAAACUCUUCUCUCUUUCUCUCUCGCUCUUUUCUCUAUACAACUUGGGAGCUUUCUCUCUCUAAAAGCAAGGUCCUCCGUCACCACCACCACCUCCAAUCUCCCACUUUUACACGCGCAGAGAAACUGUGUCUGAGACUAAUUUUUCUGUUAAUGGAUUCCUUUUUUCUUCUACAAUUCCAAGCAUCUAUUUUUGGUUCGAUCAAGUUUUGGGCUUUUGGCGGUAAUGUGGUGGAUUGAGUGAUUCCUUCUUGUUGCAUAUCUAUGGCUACAGAUUCGUCUUUUGAGGGUCUUGCUCUUGAUCCUUCCAAGUGCAGUAAAUUGAGUAUGGAGGAAAAAAGAGAACUUGUAUAUGAAGUAUCUAAGUGGUCGCAUGGUGCAUCUGAGAUACUGCAGUCAUGGAGCCGUCAGGAGAUUUUGCAAAUAUUGUGUGCAGAGAUGGGAAAAGAGAGAAAGUAUACUGGGUUGACGAAGUUGAAAAUUAUAGAAAAUCUUCUUAAAAUUGUUUCUGAAAAGAAAUCAGGGGGGCAUGAAACUGCGACAGACCCUGAACCACAUUCUUCGCCUGCAUCUGGUCAGAAACCUGCUAAAAGGCAGAGAAAAUCUGAGAAUCCUUCUCAGUUACCUGUUCCUGUGACCAGCAUUUCAGUCAAUAAUGGUAGUGAUUCUGUUAAUACUACAUACUGUAAGAACUCAGCCUGCAAAGCUACCAUGAAUCAAACAGAUGCAUUUUGUAAAAGAUGUUCAUGCUGCAUUUGUCAUCAAUACGAUGAUAACAAAGACCCUAGCCUGUGGUUAAUAUGUAGUUCUGAGAAUCCAUUUCCUGGUGUUUCAUGUGGCUUGUCAUGCCACCUUGAGUGUGCUUUGAAACAUGAUGGUUCUGGAAUUGUCAAAGAUGGGGAUCGUCCCAAGCUUGAUGGAGGCUUCUACUGUGUUGCUUGUGGGAAAGUAAAUGAUUUACUCGGAUGCUGGAGAAAACAACUGAUGGUAGCAAAGGAUACUAGACGUGUAGAUAUACUCUGUUAUCGUGUCUCCUUAAGCCAGAGACUUUUACAAGGAACUGAAAAGUAUGACGAACUUUAUAAAAUUGUUGAUGAAGCAGUGAAGAAACUUGAACCUGAAGUGGGCCCACUCACUGGCUCACCGGUGAAGAUUGGUAGGGGAAUUGUGAACAGGCUUUCAUCAGGACCCGAGGUUCAGAAACAAUGUGGUUUUGCUCUUGAAUCGCUUGAUUCACUGCUUUCGAAAAGGAUCUUGCCAUCAUCACCCAAUCCAACAACUCAAGAUGCACAUCUGGUGGCUCCUAAUAUGGUGAGGUUUGAAGAUGUCAGUGCUACAUCCCUGACUAUUAUUUUGGGUUCCGAAGAACCCUCUGGUGAAAACAUCGCUGCUUACACCAUGUGGUAUCGCAAAGCUGAUGAAGUGGACUAUCCGAUGGAGCCGACAUGCACCUCGCUGGUACCAAAUAGAAGGUUCAGUGUCAGGGGUCUACUUCCAGGUACAGAAUACAGAUUCAAAGUUGUUCCAAAUGAUUCGAGGGUAUCAGGUGUGUGCGAAGUUCAAAUCUCAACAGAGCUUGGGGAGGAUGAAGUCCCUAAUUGCUCUGCAACAGAGAGAAGUCAGAGCCCAGUAACCAACUGUAGCAGCCUUUCCAAUCCGUCAUCAGUAGAAGAUGAAACUAAUAACUGCAAUCCAUACAGUGACCUGACCAAUAACCGAGCAGGUCAUUAUCCAUCUUUUCGCAAGGAAAGCGACCAGCUUGCUUCUGGAAAUUUAUCUAAUGAUGGUGUUAACUGUUCCAACAUAGAUGUUGUGGGUCUUCCUCCUGAUGCAGAUUCUUUGUCAGACAAGCAGCAUGCUGUAGGAAUGACUGCCUCCAUACCCAGUUCUGAUGUGCUAAAGCUGGAAGACAAGCACUCGCCGGAGGAACAAGUGACUGAGGACAUCAUGAGCAUUGACGAUGGUUUGAAUUCCCGAGUUGUAACGGGUAGGGAAUGUGUGCCGUGGGUAGGUAGCUCGGAAGGAGGGUUGCCAAAUACUCCGUGCAAGUUGGAAAGCCUUAAGGAUGGAGCAGGAAGGAGUGGAAGAUCGAAGUCGAUUGCGAAAGAUCAAGAAAAUGGAUCAGGGAAAAGGGAGGGACCCCAGGAUGGAAGCACAUCCAAGAAGAGAAGCGGAGAAAGGCAAGAUGAGGGCCGCUUGACCAAUGGAUUUUCGGAGCGUGAUUUUGAGUAUUAUGUGAAGGUGAUUAGGUGGUUAGAGUGUGAAGGGCACAUAGAGAAGAACUUCAGGCAGAAAUUUCUGACUUGGUACAGCUUAAGAGCCACCCCUCAAGAAGUUAGGAUUGUGAAAAUAUACAUUGAUACAUUUCUUGAAGAUCCAGCAUCUCUUGCAGAGCAACUUGUGGACACCUUCUCAGAAUGUAUAUCCAGCAAGAGAAUAUCAGUGGUGCCAUCGGGGUUCUGCAUGAAGCUUUGGCAUUGACCAGUUUUGUAGGUCCUGCUACUACCCUCAAGCUUCAACCCCCUCCUCCUCUCUCACUCAGUAAUUCUUUAGAUUUUAAAUUAAUAUUCUUCAUUUAGACAGAGUUCAAAUACAUAUAUUUAUAAAUUAUAAUUUAUUUCAACAUUAUCAUUCAUAUUAUCAUGUAAGUAAGAAUUUUAGAUUUACUUUUAUUAUACAGUUACUAUUCCAGAUUCA